UGGCGACGCCCAAAGUCCGUCAGUGACUCGCUAACACGCUAAAAUUGCGCGUCGUGACAGGAUUUCUCCCAUUAGAAGAUAGUCGUGCUCUCAAUACAGUAAGCUUCAGAGAAAAGAAAAGUCAUUGCGGAGCAGGCGUUGGAGGAGGGGGAGAUCUAAACCCUGUGUCCGGUCCGUGAUGAACUCGUAGAUUCCCAGGGAAUAUUGAUAGGACAAGUUUACAUCUCUCGUUAUGGAUCUAAAUCAGCCUGCAGGAGAAAAUUAUGCCAACCCAAGGACAUGUUUCUUUCAUGUUAUCUUCAAGGCUGCAGCUUUGGCAUUUUACAUUCUUUCGGCCCUUUUCUUUGACAGCUUUGUAAUCAUUUUUGUGGUUACGGUUCUUCUUGCUGCUCUUGAUUUUUGGGUAGUGAAAAAUGUCAGUGGACGAAUACUAGUUGGUCUGAGGUGGUGGAAUGAAAUAAAUGAUCUGGGUGAGAGUGUGUGGAAGUUUGAGUGCCUUGACCAGGAGUCAUUGGCUCGAAUGAAUAAGAAGGAUUCAUGGCUUUUCUGGUGGACCCUUUAUCUUGCAGCAGCUGCCUGGAUCUUCCUUGGAAUAUUUUCACUCAUAAGGUUUCAGGCAGAUUAUCUCUUAGUUGUAGGAGUUUGUUUGAGCCUCAGCAUUGCAAACAUUGUUGGCUUUACUAAAUGUCGAAAAGAUGCCAAGAAGCAGAUUCAAGCAUUUGCCACCCAGACUAUCGCUUCUCGUGUUUCAUCAACAAUUCAGUCAGCAUUUAGUGUUGUUUGAAUCAUUUAUACAGAAAAUUGAAACAGAUAGAAUGAAAUUACUGAAUACAUAGUUGAGAACUUGAGAUAUUGUGUGGAGAAAGUUGGCACCUGGUUUGGUGGGAGUGAUUAUUGAAAUUUCUUUGGUUCUUGCCCGACUUUUGUGGAAAUAUGUAGCAGAAAUACAUAGCAAGGUCGCCUUUUCCCAAAUUUUCACUAUCCAUUCAUAUGCUUGUGGAUUUCUGGAUUGGGAUUUCCUGAUGUUUUGUAUAAUCGGAGAGUUCAAUGGAAGAACAGUGUUUAAAUCUGCUGGGGGAGUCCCAAUGUCUUUGGUUUCACACUUUCACUUGCAUGGUAAUGUAAAAGAUUACUGGUUGCCCUAUGGUUCAUUCCUAUUCUGCUAAUGGGACACGUGUCUGUUGUUAGAUUAACUUUUGUUCAGUGUAGUUUAACUUUUUGGAUCUUUUACUUAA